GCCAGACACAGGCAGGGUGGAAGUGGUAGCCUACAUCUCUGAGGGAGGGAGGGCUGGGUCUUGUGUUAGACAUCAGAAAGUAAAACCACAGCACGGCUUAUGUGCUAAAUCUACGGAAGCUAGUUGAAGCAAUAACAGACAAGAAACCUAACACACUUCCUGUCAGAAAUCAGAAGAAUUUUGUUGUAAAAGAUGCUUUCAAAUGUUGCCGAAACGUGUCUCUUGGUAAAUUGACUAACUUAAAAGGCACAGAAAUCUUAUGACAUAUAGUUUGACUUUACCUAUUACCUAGAGAAGAUGGAACAGAACUUUGCUGAUUUGUUAACGGAUGCAUUUUCAGACACAUCCCUCCCAUCUUUCCCUGAAGGAGGGUUUGACUUUGAGCCUCUUGAUUUUGAUGAAGCCAAGACAGAAAUGUCCUCUGGAAGAUUACCAGUGCUGAGAGAGGAAGAGGAAGAUGUGGAUGAAGGACAGGAAGAGGAAGAGCCUGGUGGAGAAACUGGAACUGUACCUGACCCUAUCUCAGUGAAGACAUAUGAUGUGAGUUUGACUGAAGAGGAUACACAACAUAUUGAUGAUGAGGAGAAGUGGGAGGAGGAGGAAGAGGAAGAGGAGGGCAAGGAGGAGGAAGAGGAGGGCAAGGAGGAGGAGGGCAAGGAAGAGGAAGAGGAGGGCAAGGAGGAGGAAGAGGAGGGCAAGGAAGAGGAGGAGGAAGAUGAAGAGAUCACCUCAGGAGAAGAAGAGGACACAGGAAUAGAGAACAUUGGCUCCCCAGGGGGUAGGUCUGUGGUUGUUCACUACGACAAAGAAAAUAUCGUAACUACAGGACAACCUUUUGCCCAAGAGGAUAGGGAAAACCCUAACAUCAGAAACAUAGAGCAAGGUACUUACGAGAACAGUGAUGUGGGUUGUUUUGAGGGUGUUACUGAAGAUGACACCAUGGAGAUCACAGCAGAUAUAAGUGAAGGGAUUAAAGAAGAGGAGAGACUGGCAGCUGAAGAAAACCAAGAGAAAUCAUCUGAUUCAGACCUGGAGGUCCUGACAAGCUCUAUCACUGAAAACCAGAGAGAAGAGGGAAAGAAAGGAGUGAACUUACUCUCCCCACAUUUUCCCCAGGAGAAUGAAGAGGAAGAAGAGCAAGAUGAACCUGGAGCUCCAGAGAUUGUUUCUGAUUGUCCUGAUCCCGCAGCAACACAGAAUCUGCUAUCUAUUAUGGUCAAUACCUUUGUGGAACACCCGCUUGAGGCGAAAAUUAAGGACUUCCUAGGGGAUGACCACCAAGAGGCAGGUGAAAGCUUUGCAGAUUACCCCUCUGACUUCUUUCCAAGUGAAUACGACAAGGAUGGAGGGAAAGGGAGAGAGCGAAACAAAAAUGGGAGCACACUGUCUAGUCCCUCUGAGGGUCAUUUAAAGAUAGACGAGAAUGUCGACCCAGAGAGAGAGACAACCGAGCAGAAGGAUAGCCAUGUACAGGGAGAGGAAGAUGAAAAGGUUGAUGUGAGACCUGCUAUCUCUCUGAGCGUAGAAGGCAAACAAGAUUUUGCAGAUUGUGCGAUGUGUAAUAUCAAUAUUGACAUUAGCAUGAAGAAGAUUAUUGAAAACAAUCUUGAAGCUGAUAGUUCCAGUGAUAGUUCCAGUGAUAGCUCCACUGAUAGCUCCAGUGAUAGUUCCAGUGAGGAUGAGAAGGAUAAUGAAGAACACCCAGCCCUGCCAAGAUACCAGGGUCUUCCUCAGAGAGACUGCAGAUCUGAUGUUUUACCUCUACCUGACUGGGAGGGUGGAGAGGAGAACAUCUCCAAGCAGAGUGUUGCCGACCUGCAUCUUUCAGACACCAUCUCUGAUGUCCCCACUUUUACCCUUCACAGUGAGGCUGGACUCAGUACAGCAGAUGUAACCAGGUGUAACAGGGGUAAGAGGAGUACAGGCAACAUGUCAUCAUCUGACUCUGAGGAUAAUUUUCCGGGAGAAUUUUGUACGUUGGAGACUGAACUAAGAAAGGACAAAGGGGAGACUUGGAUUUGGGGUAAAGAGGAGUAUCUUCGAGAAAUCCAGCCGGAGCUAGAAGGAAAGUUGGAGAACCACCUUCACACCAAUAUAAACUGGGACACAGGGGAAAAUAAGGUGGACAGGAGUGGUUUCAUUCUAGAUUACCAGUACGAGGGGAGCAGAAUCACAGUCGGAGAGGAACAAUUUGCAGAUGAUGAAGAAGAGGAGGAGAGGAGUUGGAAACAAGAGAGAGUGAGAAUCGAGGCAUUCUACAAGUUUUAUAAUGACGAAGAGAAGGAGGCCAUGGAAACAGAAGGUGCUUUUUCAAGGAGGAAGCCUAGAGUUCAGUUCUGCAUGGAUCCCCUGCAUCAAGUCAUUGAAUAUACAGACAGCAGCAGUGACACGGAUUUGGUCGACGGCACAUCUGACAGAGAUGAGGACCUGGAUUCUACAGCAAGGCUUGAAGAGCAGCGUGAGCCUGAGACUCAAGAGAGUCAAAAGCCACAAGGAGAACUACAAGAUCUCAGCAAAAUACCUCGGACACACAGCAAGAGAGACUGGUGUCUGAGGGUGCUGAAGUUCCUGCUGAAGAUGGCCCUUUUGACAUUGAUUGGACUUUUGACAUUCUGGUGGACAACAGACCUAAAGGACUUGGACUGGUGAUCUGGACCAAAUACAGUUUUUUGCAAACGACUGUACUGUAUUGUCAAUAUGCCUAUGCCUGAAAAUAAUUAGAUAAUAAAGUAGCAGCAGCUAAGUAGAAAAAUGCUUACUUAUAAGGAAAAUACUCUCUCCUUAUACUGUAGUUGCUGUCACUUUUAUUUUCAUCAUGUCUUCAUCUGUUUUGAUGGAUAAUAAAAAGGGGUCUAUUAUAUUCCCAUUUAACUUUAA